AUGAAUAGCACCAGUGCAGGUAGUGAUAAUCCCCACCCUACCCAAGACAUUAACCACCAAGAAAAAUCCACCAGUGAGGAGAAAAGCAACAAGAAAGGUAGUAAAGGCAAAGGAGGACCUGAUAACAACAAAUUCAGGUAUCGAGGAGUUAGACAACGCAGCUGGGGCAAGUGGGUAGCUGAGAUCCGAGAGCCCCGUAAACGGACACGCCGUUGGCUCGGUACUUUCGCCACUGCUGAAGAUGCUGCUCGAGCUUAUGACCGUGCCGCUAUUAUACUCUACGGUUCAAAGGCUCAGCUCAAUCUUCAACCUUCAGGUGCAAACGCUAGUAGUUCAUCAUCAAAUUCUUCUAAACGCGGAUCUACAUCUUCUACUACACAAACUCUUCGUCCUUUACUUCCUAGACCUCCUUCUGGAUUUGAUUUGUCUUUCUCUUCUUCUUCUUCUACGCUGCUACCUCCAAACGUAUUGGCUCCUGCUAAUAAUUACCUACCCUAUGGAUUUUAUCCUGCCGUGCAAUAUGCUGAAGACAUCUCACAAAAUCCUCAAUACUCAAUUCAGAAACAAACUUUUGAUGAUAAUUAUGGAUAUCUCGACGGUGAGACCACUAAAGCAUCUGGAAUGAUAUGGUCUGAUUCAAACUCAAACCCUAACCCUAACCCUAAUCCUAGAGAAGAAGAUCAAAAUCAACAAUAUAAUCAGCAUAAUUGUUUGUAUGAUAACGUAAACACUUUUGUGGAUGCUGCACCGGUUGUUUCCGAUCCAGUGGCAUCUCCGGUGUUGUGGCCUCCUAUUAUUGAUGAUAAUGAUAAUUACCACCCAGCUGAUAUUUGGGAUUAUGGAAAUAAUGAUCCAUUCUUGUUUGAUUUUUGA